UCAAUCAGAAAAUGGACACGAUAAUCUACAUAUAAGUAUUCUUGAUUUAUUCGCUAAAAGGUUAAACCAAGAUAGUUAUCUCACUAAACUUUUCUGAGAAAUUCUACUCAAAUAGCAAAAAACUGGGUUACUCACAAAUAUGAAAGCAUCUGUUGUUUUGAUCACAAUCUUGCCGAGUAUUAUUUUAUUUUCAUUUACAAGAGCUAACUGCAUGUUUAUAAGAACAAAAGAUUGCAUUGAAACACAAGCAGAUGAAGUCGUUUCUGAUAAAAAGAAAAAUGAGUCGACGCCAAAAAUAGGAUUUAUGUUUUUAUCAAUGUUGCGAGGAAAAAAACAUGGCGAAAAAAAAUCAGAAUUAGUAAAUGAAGUGCUUAGUUUACUUAAAUCAAAACUUGACGAUUUAGAGUCUACUAAAAAUAUGGUUGAAUUUUCAAACAAGAAAACGUACCAGGAAAACCAAUAUGGUUCUGAAGAUAUAGACCGUUUACUGACUGAACUUAUGUAAGGGGGGUUUGUUAAGGAAGAUUUAACUUUUUUUUAUUACUAUUUUAUAAAACUUACAUAAAAAUUUAUAAUUUUAUUUUAAGUAAUACUUAUUUAAUUUUAUUUUUGUUUCGUUUUUGUCUAAAAAAUCUUUUACUUUUCUGAGACUUGAAAAUUGUCAAAAGUUUUAUGUUUGUAUGAUGUAAAAAACUACGUGUAAAAAUCUACGUCUAAAAAACUACGUAUAAAAAACUAUGUGUAAAAAACUACAUGUGGUUCAAAAAGCUGAUAAAAAUUUUUUCUUAGGAUAAAUCAAAAAUGCGGUUUAAAAGUUUAAAAAUAGCAUAAACACAAGAAAA